AUGAUGAUGACGGCGUCAGUCGAAAACUGUCUUCUCUACAAUGGAAUGACUUCUCCCCAGGAGACACCUGAAUUCCUAGACCAAUUGCGUCUCUUCUAUGACCAGGGCCAACGACAAUGGUUGGCAACCGUUUCGCAGGUUAACUAUAUCCUCACGGUCGUUGCACCUUAUCACUGGACGGCCCUCUCCGGAUCAAUGGACCAUGAAUGGUGAGGAGUGAGCCCUCAGCCCCUUACACCUAAAACGCCGCGCUGGAUUUGUAGUGUUGACUCUUACGCGAGUGCUUUUUUAUUUUUUAGUUCUGUGUUUGCCGGGACAUCACAGCUACCAAAUUUCCACCAAUUAGAUCCAUUCCAGUCGGACUUUCGAGAUCGGCGUCGUCGCCGGGCUUGCUUUUUCUCUGUGGAUGAGCGGUUUAUCCGCAAGUCCCACCGUUCAGGCCUAGGUCUGUUUUUAUGGUUUUUGUGUUCACACUCAUGAUUUCUGGAAUUUUGUAGAGAAGUCGUUUCCGUACAGCUAGCUGUGCCUGUCACUGUCGACAUGACUGCAUUUUGGUUUUUAUUCUCUUUUCCAGUCCAACACUUAGGCAGGCAUCCACUUCAAGAUCUGCUGCUGCCAUCCUUUUUUAUGCCACCUCUGAGUGAAGAUUCCUGCCGCGGCUCUGCUGUUCCACCCUACUCCCGAUUUACUCCGUCUUGUCAAAGUCUUUUUGAACCCUCGCCUAUCAUCGCUCCGGACAGUUGUCUGGGUGUUUGGCCUUGUCGACUUGUCCAAGUCUCAGCGGCCUGCCCUCUGACCGGCGAUCUAACGCUGGAUGUCUUCUGGCUACAUCUUUGUAUUAACGUCCCGCCCGACUACCAGGUUACCCACUUAAGCUUUAAAGUACUUUCUACUUUACGAUAAUGCCUAGUUUCCACGUCGCGGUUAGCGUUUACCGCCGGUGCGGAUCUUAGUGUUUGCUGUAAUUGUACUCUACUGUAAUAAUUUUAGUAACCAGUCUAUUCUUACUUGAACAGCCUGCUCACAACCGUCGUACUCCUUCCCUCGUCCACGGACUUAACGGUGAUAAGUCGCAGUCCGAGUUAUUCACCUGCCCGUUGAACGCUAUAGCCUGUGUGGAAGAGAGGCGUUUUGAGCUGCGCGACCUAGCAGCUGAGAUAUUCUUCCACCGUUCGUUCGGAGUUCCCCCACUACUUCUGGCUCUGCGCUCGAAAUCUGUGAGUGUGUUCUUUUUUUCCUUGUCGUUUCGAAGUCUAGCAAUCUUCCGUCUUGACUCUCUUCCUUCGCUUAUUUUUCAGGAGAGAGACCACUUCCUACACACACUGGCUGGAGCAUGUCAGCAGGCGCUGUCACUUUCGGGGCAUGCGAACACAUCCUCCUGCGUCAAUUGGUGGAGCCCUUCCCCCGCACCGGUAAUUGACGGUCUGUCUAGAUCGCGGCACCAGCCACCUCCCAUCUCCCUACGCACAAUUUGUGACAGUUUAGUGGCUCCCUUCCCCACCCCUGUGGGCAAUGCUAUGCGCAAUCGCCUAAUCCAGGCUCAGGUCACCUGGCUACGGGGAGAGAUGUGCAAUUUUGACUACCUCAUGGUCCUUAACACUGUCGCCGGACGCACCUACAAUGACCUCACUCAGUAUCCCAUUUUCCCCUGGAUAAUCUCGGUGGGUUUUACUGUGCCCUGUCCUGUUCUGUAGCUUGAUCCUUUUUGCUUUGAGCUACCCGACCGGUCACUCACCACCACCACGCCUCUCUUAUAGGACUUUGACAGUGAAGUACUGGACCUCUCUAAACCCUCAUCCUUUCGGCGCCUUAAUCGACCGAUUUCAGUGCAGACGGAGGCGAGGGCCGAGGCGGUUGCCAGUCACUACGAGGAGUUGCGGACCCAGCAGGAGUCCUUACAAGCGGCUGAUGAGAGUCAACGCAACCUCAUCUUCCCAAUAUUUCAUUAUCCCUCCUACUGUUCUAACGAGGCCAUCACGCUCCACUUUCUUUUCCGUUUGGCGCCCUUUGCAUUUAGACUUAUCCAAUUUCAAGGUGGGUCGACGUAUCUUCUUAAGACCUAACUUCUCCUUUGGGUUGUGAUUGGUUUCUCUUGUGGUGCGUUGCUGCCAUCGUUAUUCUCGGGAGGUUUUCAAAUGGCCAUUAUUCUGGGAUGAGUAUAAAACAAGCCAGAUGCCGCGUUGGGUGUGGUUGCUACAAACGGUUGCCUCUCCCAAGCAGGUUACACGGUAGAUGCGCUGGACCAACAUUGGGGCCAUAUCAGAUUCUAGAAGGCGCUAUCCGAAUGCGCACCCCAGCACUUCACUGUGCGGUAGCCGGCAGACGCCGCACACACUGGGACCUCUUCUGCCGUCAAAACCCUGGUCAUUUACUUUGUGGACCAGGAGGUGUGGAGUGGAGCGCCAAGGUGCGGGCUCGACUGUGCCAUUCACCUGCACCCCUCCCCCCACCGCCGGUUUUGGCACAAGGCUCAGGUGAAGGAGGAGGAGGAGAGAGUUCGGUACAUGCGGCGCAAGUCUUCUAUCACUAUAAACUAACCCACACGCAAGUCGCCGUGCCUGUUUUACUUUGCUGUGGAGCACACAGUGGACAUCGUCGGCAACAACGGUCGAACUGUCGUGCUGCUGGCAGUUUUCCACGGUCCGUCGAAUUCCACCGUGAUCAUCCGCCGCCCGCCUUGUUGGUUUCGCGGGAGCUUUAAAUCCCACCCACUUAGGAGUCCCUAAGUUGGAUCUAGACGGUGAGCUAGCGAAGCACAAAUCCAGACAUGCCAUGAAGCCGCAAAUGCGUGUAUGCCUGUCCACAGCAUUUUCAGACCGUUUGCUUUUCACUCUAACAUUCGUCAAGGUGCCAUUUUGCCCUCCAUCCCAACUACUUGGCUGUUUUGACAGCGAGGUCGGCCAGUCGAUCUCUACUACGCUGGCGGCGUCGCGCUGGCCGCCAAAAAAUGAGAUGGCUAUGCUCUCGCCGUAAUACCUAUCUAGUAGCUAGUUCUACAACUUUCUAUGAUCGAAUCACCAGAUAAGAAUUAUCGGCAAGGGUGGAAAAAUAAGAAGUGAAUUGCUAAGUCCUAACAGCGAACCUCUGACAAUAAAGCAUACAUACAGAAAUGUCCAGGGCCGGCCUGGGAUUGAGCCAAUCAGAUCAUGCCCUUUAACUGUUAGCAUGUCGAUUAAACUUUUGACUGAUCUGAGUAGCUAGACAUCUCCAAUCCUACGGGUAGUUGGCGCAGUAUAAGCACGCGCACGCCGUGUGGACGGAUCAGUAAUACGGCGUGUGAGCGCCACCUUAGGGUGGCUUGCGAGCAAAGAUGACUUACUGAGUGUAGUGUCCAUGUGGGCAUUUAAUAUAGUGUUUCAGUCGGCAUACCCGUCAACGCCCAAGAAGCAAAGUUGUCUCCAGACCUGUUUUUGACUGGGAAGAGGUUUCCGUCCUGAGUGGUGAUCACCAACCUGAAUAAGUUAACAGUUACAAUGUCUUCGGCCUAAGCCUUUUUUGCCAAACACCCGUCCAAGUCGAUGCUGCUUGUCGAAGUUUUUCUAAGCGUAUGAAAUUAUUUUGGAACUCGUUUCGAUGCCUCAAAUACCGCCCAGAUUCACGUAUGCCAGGAUAGAGUAACAGUACCGGCAAAGACAAGGGAGACUGGAAUGACCAUUUCUGGUUUGUUAACCGUUAUCAACCAGUCAUACCCAACCCCGAGGUGUGGAACCUGGGGCUCGGUCCCGCGACCUGUUGGUUAGAAGUCCACGCCUCUAACCACUGAGCCACGAGGCCGUUGCCCUGUCGGUCGCGAUUGGGAAUAUACAAUGGUAGAGGGGUGCUCACCGAUCGUUUCAAGGGAACUCAUUCGUUCCGUUAUGCUUUGGGCUCUCACUCCAGCCCAACCAGCAGCCUCACAGCGGCGCGUAAUAUAGGCCGUAACACGAUAGGGUAGAGAGAGCCCGUAAGUGAGUUCCGUCACACAAUAGGUGAGCGCCCCAUCACCAUUGCAUGUCAGGUUAUUCCUCCGGCCAGUCACGACUGCUUGACUAUGCGCAACGAAGGCCGCGAAAACGUUGGUUUUGACCACCGUUGCGUGAGAACUAUCAUAUGGCACCGGUAGUGCUUCAGCAUGGAAUGCCGUUAAAUGCAAUGGACAGUGGGAUGUCCAUUUCCAGCCUAUUAUCCGUCGUCGACCAACCAUACCCAACCGCAGGCUCGAUUAACCUGAAAUACGGGUCCUGACUCUUUGCACGAAUGCCUUGAAUUCAAUUUUCGGACUCUUUGUCCUGCCGGUUGCGACCAAGAUUUUUAAUUAUUGACCACCCUCCCAUGAUAAUAUUUACUGGUUGCAACUUUACUGCUAAGGAAGGCGCUACCUUGAACUAGCACGUUGCAUAACCUGAUCGGUGAACAGCUCUAGUAUGACAGAGAGAGAACACCUCCCAGUCCCCUUGUAAAUUGGUUGCCCUUGGUUCCCUUUACGACUUUCCAUUGUUGUGUUUUUAUUUUUGCCCCCUUCUCUCCUCAACCCCGCGCCCCCCACCGUAGACGGCCAUUUCGACUCCCCGGACCGCUCUUUCCACUCAGUGGCCACGGAAUGGCAACUAGCCACGAGUUCCGUAGCCUGCGUCAAGGAGUUGGUGCCUGAGUUCUUCAUCCGGCCAGAUCUCUUUGUCAAUUGGGAGAACUUUGAACUGGGUACUCGACAAAAUGGCUCCCCAGUUGACUGCGUUGUUCUACCACCGUAAGCCUCUCCCCUACCCCAUUACACACCCGUCCCGCGAAUGUCCCUUUUACUUUUCGACUGUCAUCGCUCAAGCUGUCUUCUUUUCCGCUAGAUGGGCGAAAGGCGAUCCGCGUCUCUUUACCCUGGUCAAUCGAGCCGCCUUUGAGAGCGCCUAUGUCACCGCCCACCUGCCCGCGUGGAUUGACCUUGUCUUCGGUUACAAGCAGACGGGCCGCAAUGCUGAACGCGCUCUCAAUCUAUACAAUCCUUUUGUACGUGUUGGAUCUAGCCCUGACGGAGUCUGAAUUUGGCAACACGGCUUUAUCUUUCGUUUUGCCUAUUUACCCUUCAACUUUUUUUCAUUCCUGCGGGUUUAUUUCAACCCGACAGAGAAAAUAUACGCUAACUACAGUAGGUAAGCUAACCCAUUAAAUGUCAACCGAAAUUCCAAAAUGCGUUUUAGUUUCAAAAAGAAUAAUUAAAUAGGGUUGUAAAAGUAAUCAUAAUGCAACGUAAUUGUAUAAUAAUUCAGUUACCUUGGGAUGCCGGCUUUCAAACGAAUUUCUUUCCGGCUGCCUGCAAAAACUAUACUCUGUAAAAAAUGACUUCUUAGGUAGCAUUCAUUUUUCUCAUUGAUUUUCGAUGCGUCUCAAAGUCCAAUCAUAGUUCAUGGGAAACAUACAUAAAAUAUUAAUUCUUUUACUCCUUUGGUAGCAAAUUACGUCUUCUUCCAAUUUUAUACUCGAAGGAGGGACAUUAUUCGGUUUUUAAAAAGUUUCUGAUUGUGAGAUUUUUUAUUACCGUGAAAUGGCCGUUCAUAAAACGUCAUGUCUCUGCAUUUAACAAUGUGGCUUGUAAAGUUAGCAAUAUGGCACAAAUCCACUGCUACAUUUUACGAACCCCAUAUAGUUUCCUCUUAAUACCGUAGAAAAAUGUAUGAUUUUCCGUACGCGGAAAGUGUACGGCUUGUAAUUUCGAAACUUUGAAUGCAAGUGUGACAGCAGGUCGCGUUCAACAUUAUUCGGGAAUUGGAAAAGUCUUUGAAAACCAAAUUAUACCCCUCCUUCGAGUAUAAAAUUGAGCAAAGGCGUCAUUUUCUACCGAAUAAGCAACAGGAUGAAUAUUUAUGUAUUUUUUCCAUUAAAAUAUACUUGAAUUUUUAAGGUCAUCGAAAAUCAAUGAGAAAAGCACAUGCUACUUAAGUAGUCGUUUUUGCUGAGUAUGGUUUUUGCAUGCAGCCGGAAAGAAGUUCGUUCGAAAGCCGGCAUCCUGAGGCAACUGAAUUAUUAUAGAAUUGCGCUGCACGAUGAUUACUUUUACAACCUCGCUUAAUUAAUCUUUUCGAAACGAAGACGCAUUUCGGAAUUCCGGUUGACAUUUCACAAGUUAGCCCACCUACUGUAUGUGGUGAACAGUUAAACAUUUCCUCACUGGAAGGCCAACAAGGUGCGGCAAUUUAUUUACAUUUUGAUCGCUUUCGGAGGUUGGCAUGGCCGCAGCCCAACCAAAGUAAUUCUCGUUUUUAAAAGUGCAUUGAGGCAUCUUUAAGGAUGUUCGAGGACUUUCCACACAUGUUGUUCUGACACGACUCUCAGUUCACAGCUUUGUAUCGACACCCUGUAACUGCGUCACACCGUCCCAGCGAUGGGAUGUUGCUCUUACAAUCAGUCCCGGCGGUCUCAAUUGACUUUGCCAUUUGCAAUUCAUAUUAGUUAGCUAAAGCUCAUUCCUUCGGACGACGUUGGCCAUGCAUUGCCGACGGCCUAGUUUUAACUGUCCACGGACCCUUUCCGUGUUUUUGUGGACUUCAGCUCAUCUUCCGCGCAGCACCUUGCCAGAAUUUCUGAUAUUUGUUCUAACUCCGUCGAGUGACAUGAGUGCGCCCAGCUUUCGAGCGCGCACGCAUGCUACUGUCCAGAUGUCAAAUUAUUAAUUCCUUCUCUUCCUGGUUCAUUUUCUUAGACUUACUUCGGCGCUAUUGAUGUGGACGCAAUCGAGGACCCUGUCCGUCGGUGCGCUGUACAGUCCAUGAUACGCAACUACGGACAAGUGCCGAGACAACUCUUUCCCAACCAUCCUCAUCCUCGAAGGUAGCUGUCUCCCCGAUUGCCCACCUUAAUUUUUAUCUUGCACGAAAGGGGUUUGCACUGAGGAGUGAGAUUUUACCCUUGAAGCAAUAAUCGUUUGUUCAUCUAAUCCACCUGUGUGCAAAACCCAGUGACCGAGGUGGAAUCCGAACCCACGACCAGUAAGGGCAAAGCAUCAGUACUGCCACCGUCCUAACCGCUUCAGCUAGGAGAUCCCGACGGGGAUCCGUGAUUUUAAUAGCAUUUUGGUCAAGUUGCCCUCCCGGCCUACUGCAACCUGUGUGGAAUUCACCAGGUGACUUCCAGGUAGAUCUGAUUUAUUAUCCUGAUGUUUCGGAUUCUCACUCGAAUCCAUCAUCAGACACAGUCGCGGAUAAGGUUGAUGAACGCACAACCGGUGCAGUUGCCAUACAACCAUAUACCUAGUGCAAUUAGCAGCAAUCCGCAUUCAGUGCCGGUGGUUUUACAUGCCGUGAUGCUCGCUUGUUUAUCUGCAUCAGCGUCUUUAAAUGCCGCAAUUUCCUAACUGGUGCUGAUCAUUUGUGUGAUAAUGACUCGGACAUUUGGUCCGAGGACGGGGAGGAAGAAAACAGUCAGCUGGCCAUUCUUAGUGUCGUUGUCUGUCGCAAAUAUUGCGCUGACCUAAAAACUAGGGUUUGGAGGGAGAUAAGCACGACGCAGGUACUGAAAUUUAUCAGCAGUUACCCAAUCAACCACAAAUGCAGUUGCGCAAGGGCGCUAUAUUGACGGAUUGAGGCGCCCUACAGUGAAACACAUUGCCUUCUAUGGCCGCGCUGCUUUUUUUCUGACGGUUCAUACAACAGACUGGGUGGGCCACUUGAUAACCCUCUGAAAGACUUUGGUGGCUUCAAGUUAAACCGGAUCUCUUCGGGACUGUCCCUACACUUCGGACAAUCCCUAUGUCAGGCAUGGGACUUGAACUUAUUCUAGAAUGGCGGAGUGUUUCCGAGAAAGCAAAAGGGGACCUGAGUGUCGUAUGGCUGUCCCCACCCACCUGUAAUAGUCUUUCAGACCACCUGUAAUACGACGUAGGCGGUAUAAGUUGUAUUGGCUGCGCCAUAAGGAUUGUGGGCGUUUGCUGUGCCAGGAUCAGCAAACUAUGGCGGUGUUCGCUGGCAAUUUUUUGGCAUCUAACUCCCUGCCGGUAAGUGCGUUUGCGCUCUGAUGGGUAUACAGGUCGUGUGCAUGGUUGCUCAGUCUUUCUGACCCGCUGUGGUGUUGUUGGUCAAGUGUUUUUUUGUGGACCAGGGGGUGUGAAGUGGAGCAGCAAAGUGCCGGUCCGGUCAUGCUUGCCACCUGCGGCCUCCCUCGUCUGCGGUCUUCUUGACUCUGUCUUGACAGUGGGCCAGGUGAGGAGAGGAUGUAGUGCGGUAGAUGCUGCGUAAGUCUCCCUCACUUUAAAUUAGUUCACGCGCAGAUCACUGCGCCUGCUUCAUCUUGCCGUGGAACAUACGGUGGACAUCGUUGGUUGCCACAGUCGAACUGUGGGGUGUGCUUAAGUGCGCAAAAACGCAGAAGUCGGUUCUUGCCCUUAGCCGUUAACUCUGCGGCAUAUAAGGCCAACGCAGUGUAAUGCAUAUUUGUGCAUUUGUUCCCAUGUCAAUCGUAGUUUACGUUAUAGCAGAAGCACGACCACCGCGGCCAUGUUUAACGUUUUACUCAUACCAGCGGCUUCACGUGGUAUAGGCGUUUACAGAAACGUCAGCAUGCUACUUGCGUGGAAGCAGCUACAUGCGAGUCCAACCCGCCGGAGUUUGGACCCGGUUCACUGGCCAACUUAACCCCACUUGUGCGCCUACCUGUAGGCUGAAGCUGGAAUUGUGCAAUGUGAAAAUGACGCUCACGGUGCUGUCCUAACUGAAAGACGGAAUCUGGAGGACUCCGUCUUGUCCCGUUCUGCGAAUUAAGACGGAUCGCUGACCGCCGAUCCAGGGUGGUCUAGAACUUCGUCAGAAAUCCUCGUGUGCGUUGAUUCCAAGUGUGUAGGCAACCACUUUUCGCGCCUGGACAGAGGGUUGGUUGUGGUAAUUUGAAUUGAGCAUUCCCAAUGUCUGCCAGUAGAAGCGAAGAGAUGAAUCCCAGGAAGUAGUCUUGAAGAAGGAGACACGAUCGCUGGGAGAAGAGCUUUAUUAGCCUGACCUUUCGGAUUCCCGCUCGAAUCCAUCAUCAGCGACAACAGUAGAGUACAGCCUCUGCUCUUGUCCCAGCCAUCGUGUCUCCUUCAAUUCCCAAUGUCUGCUGAAUAUCUGGUACUCCUCAUCAGCCAUUAGUUUGCCAGCUCAGUGUACAGGUUUGUCUCAAUGCUGACACAAGAACUGAGAUGUGUGAUUAACUAACUUUCUACGACUGCUUAACAUCACUAACGGCGUCGGUGUUGCCGAUAGUAGCAAAUAGGCAACUCCCAGUAAGCAAUUCGGAAGAAGAUGCGAUCGCUGGCAUACGAAGUUGAUUCGGAUUCCCACUCGAACCCAUCGUCAAAGACGGCUGCAGAUAGAGAUACGAGUGACGCAGUAUUUAUUGGACGCAUUUGUCCGGCAAUCACACGCACGCAGUAAUUAGCAGCCCUUGCGUCCACCGCUGGGGGGUCCUACUGUUUUUUCUGUCAAUGCACUAAUCGUAACCUCAUAAACGCCUCAGAAAUUAUCGAAAUAACUCCGCCUCUUAAACGUUAAGCAAUUGUGGUCUAAGCAAAGAGGCGAUUUCCGGGAAGUAGUCGCGGAGAAUGAGGCACGAUUGCUGGGAAAAGUGCUUUAUUAGCCUGACGUUUCGGAUUCUCACUCGAAUCCAUCAUCAGAGGCGGAGUCAGAUAAGGGUAGUGGAUUGCCCAGGUAUUGCAGUAUUUAUAGGACAUAGUUGCUAGACCGCUAUAUGUCUAUCACAGUUGGCAGCUCCCGAGUGCAUCACAGCUCGACUGGCCAGGUGUUGAAUUACGCCGUUGUCAUGCGGUUGCUAUGCGCCUCUGUGCCGGUCAAGAUUGUCGGUUCCCACGCUGAUCGCACGCCGCCGAGGGGCUGACUACCGGAUUGCGUCAUCCGUCUGGACUCUUGGGUGAUUUGGCUCGCUGACAUUGAUACCGGGGGACAGUGGUUAUCCACACGUUCUCCUCGCGGCUAGCUACUUUGCCUAGGCUAAGUCACAGCACCGAAUAUGAAGCGGGGAGCUGCCAACAGUGAUAGGCAUGUAGCGGCCUAGCAACUACAUCCUAUAAAUAUUGCAACACCUGAUGGAUUCGAGUGAGAAUCCGAAACGUUAGGCUAAUAAAGCACUUGUUCCAGCGAUCGUGUCUCCUUGUCCAUGAAGCAGUUCUGUUUUUAUAAUUUGUCCUUUUUAUCAUUAGACACAGCAGGCUCCUAAAAAAUAACAAAAUGAAUUGGGAACACAUGUGCAUUGGAAACAUGAAAGUUCAGAGGGCUCGCUAGUAUCCUAGUUGUCCACCUGAUUUUCGUGUAACUGUUUAGGUAAUCGCCCCCCCCUCAACCUCAAUGCGAAGUCCUUUCACCGAAUAUCAAUGCCUUGCACUAUCGCACAGCAGUACAUGUCUCGAACUUUUUUUAUCACUCCCGAGUCUCGUCUUCUCUGUUCUCCCUACAGGACAGUUGAUCCGCUCCAUGAUCCUCUCACCAGAGAGGUUUCUGUUUCUGGCAAAGCGGCGGAGUUUUUUGGUCUCAUUUGGCUAAUCCGCCUCUUCCUCUCCUCCCUACUCGCGCCUGCCCCCUUGCCGGCAGAGAAGGGAUUGGUCAAUUGCGGCAGCUGGGACCCCUCUGUCGCCCUGGUUAACCCUCCCUCUGAGACGGAUGAAAGUGAGGAACGGCAGCAAGAAAUAAACUGGGGCCUCAACGUCUCCGUGGUUCCCCAGACUGCUGGUGCCCCCCUGGACACUGUUAUCGGACUUAAUUGGGGGAAGUGGGCCGGCAGCCCUGCGACCGAUCCGGUAAACUCCGUGCAUCUGUUCUUCGUCCCAUGAUGCUUAUGGUGGUGGUGGUGGUGUUAGUAAUAGUAGUUGUAGUAGUGGCAGUAGUAUUUGUAUUAUUAUUAUUAUUAUUAGUAGUAGUAGUGGUAGUAGUAGUAGUAGUGGUAGUAGUAGUGGUAGUAGUAGUGGUAGUAGUAGUGGUAGUAGUAGUAGUAGUAGUAGUAGUAGUAGUAGUAGUAGUAGUAGUAGUAGUAGUAGUAGUAGUAGUAGUAGUAGUAGUAGUAGUAGUAGUAGUAGUGGUAGUAGUAGUAGUAGUGGUAGUAGUAGUAGUGGUGGUAGUAGUAGUAGUAGUAGUAGUAGUAGUAGUAGUAGUAGUGGCGGUUCACUGUAUAUGUGGGUAGUUGUUUUAAUGCUUAUUUAAUAUUAAGUGGUGGAGAAGAAUGAGGUCCAUUUAUGUAUGAGAUUUUUUCCCGUUUGUUUUCAGCUUCGCGUUGUCUGGCUCACGAACCUUCAGGGUGUGCCACUGAUGGGAGCAAAAAAGCUGUCUACUCUUGUCGGACGGGCUUUCAAUGCGACUGGUGCCCUCUGGUUUACGUCUCUCGGCGACACGCUCACACCUCUGGGACAGCAGCUACCUCAUCCUCCGACUAGCAGCGGUAUUCGAAGAGAAGACAGCGUCAGCUGUUAUUGGAUUCCCCUAAUCACUAACGCCUUCUCGCACGCAUGCCUGGUCCGGAUUCCCGAGCAGCCGGUGUCGAGGACGGCCGCCACAGACCGACAAAACAUGACCACUCUCCUGGUCAAAUUUAGUCUUCGCAGCGACAGUUGCAGUGCGCAAUCUAGUGGAAUCUGCAUUCUUGCACGACCCCUCCAUGCUGGAGCCGUGUUCGCGGCAUCGACAAACAAAUACUGCUGUUGCUGCAUACGCCUGCCCUUCGCGUGCGACCAACCACACACCCCCAUCUCCUCUUUCCUCGUGUUGCCGGAGGCACCGACAAUCUGUCAACCUCCCUCCGAAUUUCGCGUUCUUCUGGGCACUGUGGAUGGAGGCCUCUACCUUCGGACAUUUUUGGCGCCUGAGUUGUUGGCAAAACUUCUCAGAAGACGAGACCAGCGGGCCUCUAGCAACCUCCACUUUUCUUUUCCCUCUUCUUCGUCGUCGUCUUCGGACACGUCUCCCUCCCCGCCACGGCAGAGAAGACGAGAACCGGGCGCGCUAGACCGUCCGUUCCAUCCGAAGUCGAAGAAACACGGCGGUGUGAAUUGUACCGAUUAUACAUCAUCAUCAUCACCACUCAGCUCACUCACCUGGCGCAGUCUUGUUGGGCACAACGGUGCUCCAGUCUCGUGUCUAGCCGCCUGUCCUGCUCAUGGACUGGUUGCGUCUGGCGACACCAGCGGACGAGUAGUCAUUUGGGAUUUGGCCUCCGGCUGUUUCCUGCACCUGUUGAGUUCCCUGCAAUCCUCCUCCCGAUCACCCAAAGGAUCGGUAGCGUCUCCGCGACUGAGGAAGAGGGACUCGCUUGAUGCGACUGUGGAAUCUCGUGACACCUCCUCAUCCUCGGAGGAUGGGGAAGACCCCAGUGCAGAAGCCCAACCCAGUCGAUUUAUUGAAGUCUGUGGCCUUGCAUUCAACCAACUCACGGGCGAGCUGUUGGUCGCCAGGUCCAGCAUCUUCGGUCGGAAAGGUUAGCGCUUCAUCUUAUCCCAUUUCUCCGCCUUUUCAUGCCGGAUACCACUUCAGGGUAAGGUGAUACCAUACCAACAGCACAGGUACUAGCCAAAAGUCCGUACACGCGUGUUUUGUCGAUGUUUUGCCGCUGCAUGACGCAGCUGCGAGAGGUUCGGCUCGUCAGUGGGUCCCCCAGCAUUCCCCGUGUGUUUUUCUGGUAGAUACUCUAAUAUAAAAAUUGUCGCUUUUUAAUUUCCUCGGAAAUUAUCUACAGAAGUUGGAGUAGUUCAGUUUAUUCAAGGUCUAUAGGCACAGACCGCGGUUACCCGCCGUGGAUGAUGGACUUUGGCCCAAAUAUUCAUGUAUAAAAUUCUGGGUCUGAGCCUAUAGACCUUGAAUAAACUGAACUACUCCAACUUCGUAGAUAAUUUCUCAGGAAAUUAAAAAGCGACAUACCACUUCCCACAUACCUGUUUGGACUUGUUUAAAAUUCCGUGACAUUGGCGUUCAUUGAUUACAGAGUAGGGGCUCAGUUUCGCCCCCAGCCAUCAAGGGCAGGGGUCGGAUGUGGUUAUGUAGCCCCGCCUGAAGUAAGCAAACCCGUCACCUCUAAUACGGGACCGGUAAUAAUAGGGGUUUUUACGGGUGGAGUCGGGGAACCCACAGUCGACGAGGUCAAGUAGUUGUAUGCAAAAGAAAAGGUAUUGAGAAUGCGCAGUUGUACUUUGAAUGCUUGGUAAAUAGUUGUCCUUAACCAUAACCCCUAACCCUUGACUCCAGCCCCAACAGUAUUGUGUCCAUCAGGUGGGGCUAUCAAACCACAUCUUACCAAGGCAGGAUACCUCAUGCUUAUUUCUUUCUUCGGCCACACUAGUGAACGAGCGCCACACCCAGUUAGCUUCUUUUCACCUAACCUGAGCUAUGCGUGUCUUUACCUACCGAAAAUUCCAUUAUGCCAGUUCAUCCAGGAGUGGGGGAUUAGGUAACUAGUACUGCCCAAAGUGAUACAGCACACCAAAAGAAGAAAAGGCGUUUACCGGGAGGGGUUUAUUAGAGGUCUGACUUUUCAAGUAGUUGCUUCAUCUACCCAUCUUCAGAGACUGGGAAGUCAUGCACACAGCUCUCCUUAUGUGGCGCACUUUGGUUGGUGCGUGGCCGACCAAUUCCGCCUGUGCGUCUGCAUCCGACCCGCAUGUCACCGUGACCUGAAUCGUCCUCGUCGGCCGCGGUGAUGACUGACGGCCCCGAUUGUCCCGCGCCGUGACUGUCCCCCGCUAAGAAGGUUCGUAAAGUCAGAUAGGGGAGGCAAAUUGAUGUGGCGAUUAGCAGAGCAGUCUUUGGACAUCCCGGCUUCUUGCACCUACCCUGUUGUAUGAUCAUCGCCCCGGCCCACAACCUCAACGGCGUAAGUGUCCCAUUUGCCCGACAUGGGUUGCUACCUCCGACUUUGGACUCAACCUUCGCACGGCCAACUUAUGCUGGUGCAUUCGCGUUUGCAGCGGUCGGCCGGUUUCCCCAACGUAGUUGCACAUCCUGCAGCUGCACUGAAGUCGGUAGACAACGGCAGACAUCUGCUUAGGGAUCGGGUCUUUUGGCCACAUCACUUGCCGGCAGGUUGUUGAGUCGGGCCUGUGGGCAACGCCAAAUCCCAGCGGUGCGAGAGACCUAGCCACGGCCUCGGAGACUUCUUUUAUGUACGGGAUGCUCCACCAUGAUUUUGAUUAACUGUGCUCUUCAUUCCGCUUCCUUGGUUGCCUUCGGCUCCGUUCAACAAGUGCUCGUGGAUAGCCGUUCAGUCUGAAGAGUUCUUGGUAGAGCUUAAUCUCGUCCAGUUUGGCGGCUGGCGUGCCGUAAUGUGUCUCCACCCGUAGGUAUAGCAUGCAUACACAGCCUCGUUGGUGUUGCAGCGGGUGGGUGCUGUUGUAACUGAACAUUUGCAGCGUAUUCAUCGGUUUUCUGUAGACUGACGUCGCCAGUUUGAUCAUACAAAAGGCAGCUGAAGGAGACCUGAACGUCUACCGACUGCUCCGUCAAUCACCGCAUCAAUUUACCUCCCCCUAUCUGACUUUACGAACCUUCUUAAGGGGGAACAGUCACGCCGCGAGGGGAUCAGGGCCGUCAAAUGUCUCCGCGGCCGACGCGGGCGGGGUCGUAUCAGGUCACGGUGACAUGCGGAUCGGAUGCAGCCACACAGGCGGCGUUGGCGGGCCACGCAUAAAGUGCGCCACAUAAGGGGAGCUGUGCGCAUGACUUCCCAGUCUUUGAAGAUGGAUAGACGAAGCAAUUACUCGAAACGUCAGACCUUUAAUAACCUCUCCCCUCCAUGAACGCCUCCUCUUUUCUGAUGUGCCACCCUGGAAUCGCAUUUUCACCACGAUUGAUGACACAGCAUACUUUCGUUAAAUGGCCAAACGUACCAUUUGCUGGAGGUUGCAUGCCGCUAUGGUUACUGUGAUUACCACGUCGCCUUCUUCUGGCAUGCCAACAAGCGAAAAACUCUAACCACCACGACCCCGAGACCAGGUCCCGAGGAGGACGCCACUGGCAGGAGUACUGCAUUCUGUACAGAACGAAGGAAGGAUAUCUUGGAGGAAAUUGACAGACCGACGAUAGGUGCAUAUCCGGUGCCGUCAGGGUAGACGUCCUAGUUUCUUGAGUUUGGGCAUGCCCGCGUCAUCCUUGGAGUUGAUUGACUCGUAUCUCUGAUGGGUUCGAGCGUGAAUCAGAGACGUCAGGCAAAUAAAGCUCUUGUUCGAGCGAUCACUUGUACUUCUUAUAUGGCCCACUUUGUUUAGCUCCGAUUGGCCGAAUACCGUGGAGCCUUACGGUUUCAGGGUUUGACCGUACACAAAGAGAGCAUCAUACCGACCUCCAGAAUGUCAGACGAACUACCGUUACUGGUAUCAACUUGCAGGUUGGCGCCAGACGCAUUGUUUCAGCGCUAUAAGCAGUGAGGUGGCAUCUGAGGCGAUCCUGGGAAACGUUUUUUUGAAAUGGCACCCAAGUCCAAUCUCAGACGACAUGAUUGCCAGCCUAACAGGGAACUAUGCCACACAAAUCAACGUUCUUCUUUCUCACAGAGGGUCAUUCGCCAAUGUAACUCUUUGCCGGCGUAUGUUGUUAAUUCCCCUACUGUGAGUGUUUUCAAGAGACAACUGGAUACCCACCUGCUGAAAGGUAACCCGAACUGCCAAAGCCUAAUCGAACGGAUUACUGAAAUGACUAUAAAUAUACUGCUAACAUGAUUUCAACAGAUCCCUCGUGUGCGUCAAGCCUGACCCAUAUGAAAAUUUUCAAAGUCCGAAUGCGGUGAACCAAGUUUUUCGCAACAAUUUCGCGAAUACCAUACCCUUUACGCAUUUAUGUGCCAUUAUUAGAAUUAUGAAUUCCCCUUACUAAAACUGCAAGCAAAAUUUUUGCAAUUUAACUAUAUUCCCUCACAUCUCUACCGUCAAAAUGGAGUCUUCAGGGCUUCUGUCGUUUACUCCAAAUAUGCUGACUGGUUUGGUUUUGCAACUAUACUCGGGCCGCAGUAUUUCGCAAUUCGAAACACAUCAAUGGCGGCUCGAUCCCGUAGCAAAACGCCUUCCUGGCGUGUGAGGGCAUUAUUUCUAGUAGUCUGUCUUAUAUUCCUCAGCAGUCCGCUGCGUAGGACAGCAAACGAACAGGAACGGCAGAGAGGGGACAGUUUUUCUGAAACAGCCUCCUUAAGUACACCAUUUUCACAGUUCUUUCCAGUGCGCUGUACUUAAGGUUCGUGGUGCUGUCUAACUGGCGCGUUCUGAUUGGUCGACCACUGAACACCAAUAGACCUCUCGCUGAUUUCCCGCGCCAGCGGCGCGCUACUUGCUGACUGGUGCACGCCUAGGCGAGAGGGACUGCUGUGCGCCGUGGUGUUCCCCGCCCCCCCCCCCCCCCCCCCCUCGGGCAAGAAUGGCAUCUCGACUUGCGGACCCCACAACAGUCUUCAUUGACAUAUCCUCUGUUAGAUGAGAAAAGGAUGGCCCUCCUCAACCUCUUUAUCUAUUGUCUUAUCCCGUCUCUACUGCCCGCCAUUCAGGCUCUGAUCUUAUUUUGCAGAAAUAUGGUUGGGCCUCUACACUGCAGACGGUCGGCAGGCGUGCACACGAGUACUGGACUUUUCCGCCGAAUUUGGUUUCCUCUCGAGCGCACCGCGCUGCCCUCCCUCAUUGACUGCCGUGGACUCUGCAGUGGCCAGCUUUCAGAUGCCCAUAACUUUUUCCUCCACAAUGGAGGGCGCUGAAGUGGACUGCAUUUUGAUUGGCGGCAUGGAGGGCUGUCUGGUGUGGUUGAACAGCUGGACUCUGGACACCAUCUCCGUCAUGAGGGUGAGUUGUGUCCUGGACCCUUCCUGCAACUACUUCAGUCGGUUCUGUUCUCGCUUGGUCUCCUGA